CGAGAGGAGAAAAUUGGGCUCGUGCUGCGUGAGACGGCGGCGGUGUUGCGUCUGACGUGUGACGCGGGGUUCCUCUUGGGCGCGCGGAGAGGCGGCGGCGGCACUGUGACCAGAGAGCAGCCUCGCUGUGAGGGGCCAACAGGAAACAGCAUGGUUUAAGGAGAUACCAGAGUUUGUCGGGAGGCAAAGGCGCCGGAGAACGGAGAUUAAGGGAUAUUGUACCUCCAUUCCUACUCACUGGGAUUCCAGUGAAACUGAAUAGAACAGGAAACCAUCUUGUCCUUUGAGACUUGGUGUUGCCAGCCAUUAUUAAACACCAGAUAAGCGACCAGGAGCACUCGGAAAUAUUGAAAGCUAUGCAUUUUGAAGCCUGUUGUGUCUAAUUUUGGUGUGGGCGGAAGAAAACAAACAUCACCCUUGUUGUUGUCGACCUUUCACCUGGACCUGUGACCCUCAUGUCAGUGCCUGUCAUGGACAAACACAAAGUAAAGCGAGCACGACUUGAUCGCAUUUGUGAAGGCAUUCGCCCUCCCAUUUUAAAUGGCCCAAUGCACCCGCGCCCCCUGGUGGCGUUGCUGGACGGGCGGGACUGCACUGUGGAGAUGCCGAUCCUGAAAGAUGUGGCGACCGUGGCAUUCUGUGAUGCGCAGUCUACUCAGGAGAUUCACGAGAAGGUACUGAAUGAAGCGGUGGGAGCCUUGAUGUACCACACUAUUACAUUAACACGCGAGGACCUUGAGAAAUUUAAAGCACUUCGAAUCAUCGUCAGGAUUGGCAGUGGUUAUGACAACGUCGACAUUAAAUCAGCAGCAGAUUUGGGGAUUGCAGUGUGCAACAUUCCUUCUUCAUCGGUGGAGGAAACGGCAGACUCGACUCUGUGCCACAUAUUAAACCUCUACAGGCGGACAACGUGGCUCCACCAGGCCUUGCGGGAGGGCACAAGGGUAUCAAGUGUUGAGCAGAUUCGGGAGGUGGCCGCGGGAGCAGCUCGAAUCCGUGGAGAGACUCUGGGAAUCAUAGGCCUGGGACGUGUUGGUCAGGCAGUGGCUUUGCGAGCGAAAACAUUUGGAUUUAACGUGAUCUUCUACGACCCGUACCUUCCGGACGGAGUGGAGAAGUCGCUGGGUCUCCAGAGAAUAAGCACCUUACAGGACCUGCUGGUUCACAGUGACUGUGUCACCCUGCACUGCAGUCUGAACGAGCACAAUCACCAUCUCAUCAACGACUUCACCAUCAAACAGAUGCGUCAGGGGGCCUUCCUGGUGAACACAGCGCGAGGGGGGCUGGUGGAUGAAAAGGCUUUGGCUCAGGCUUUGAAAGACGGGCGGAUUCGAGGAGCAGCGUUAGAUGUCCACGAGUCCGAACCUUUCAGUUUUAGUCAGGGACCCCUAAAGGACGCGCCAAACCUUAUCUGCACCCCACACACGGCAUGGUACAGUGAGCAGGCAUCGAUUGAAGUCCGCGAAGAAGCGGCUCGAGAGAUCCGCAGAGCUAUCACAGGUCGUAUUCCUGAUGCUUUGAAAAACUGUGUGAACAAAGAGUAUCUGUCAGCCGCGGCUCAGUGGACCAGCAUUGACCCUGCAGCUGUUCACCCGGAGCUGAAUGGAGCUGCUUACAGAUUUCCAAGCGGAGUGGUCGGGGUGACAGCAGCAGGUAUCCCCUCGGCUGCGGUGGAAGGAAUUGUAGCUGGAGCCCUGCCCAUGCAGCACGGGAUGACUUCAGUUGCCCACCCCUCGCACACUCCAUCCCCCGGCUUGACUGCCAAAUCGGAACCCGACAGAGAGAUCCCUGCCGACCAGUAGCAGCUCUCUUGCUCUCUCUCUCUCUUGCUCUCUCUCUCUCUCUCUCUCUCUAUAUAUAUAUAUCUCUGUCUCUCUCUCUCUCUCUCUCUCUCUGUGGGGGAGGGGGGAACCGAAGAAGAAAAAAAAUGGCAUUCCUCACCUUUGUCCUUUAAACUUCCAUCAGGAAGUAGCCCUAAAGUUCACAGCAAAAAAAAAAGGAAAAAAAGAACUGAGACUAUAGACCGUAGAGAAUGCAGGUGAAGAACACUGCAUUCUAAUUAAUUGUCAGUAAUUUCUUCUGUGACCUUGUAAAAAGGAAAGAAAACCUUGUAGUACCUCAAGUCAGCCAUGAAUGUACUGUCUGUGUACAGUUUUGUAGAUGCCACAGAUUUGUUUAGCUGUGAAUAUACUUUAAAAAAAAGUAAAAAUAUACAGUACUUCCUACUUUUGCAUACAGAAAUGCGUUUGGGUCAGUGCACAGAAUUCUCAGGCAAAAAAAAACCCUAACUUUGUGAUUUCUUUUCUUAGUUGCUUGGUAACUUGCGCCAAGUCCCUUCAGACAUUUAUUGUUACUUGGCUGGCGAUCGAGAGGUUCGGGUCUCUCCCUCUCUCCCCCCUUCCCCCCCCACCCUUUGUGAGUUGUUGCUGGUUUUCUCUCCGUUCCUGUUAUAGUAUCUAAGGAAGUGUCACCCAGAACCCAAACCACUGUUGGCUUUUUUUAAAAAAAAUUAACGGUGUUAACCCCAACUCCCCACCCCAA